CUAAAGGCUGGGUUAGUUUAGGCACUGGAGGAGUGGCAACAACAAUACUAGGCAUAGAGCGAAUCGUUUACUGAAAAUCUGAGAGAGCAGUGGAGACCCAUUGCCCCGUCGCUUGCACAAUGAGUGUUAGCACACCUAAAUUGUUACCAUCUUCAGGGAAGAAAUCCAUUCAUGAUAUCUUCCAUCCUCUCUCCUGCGAGGAGGCAGCGCUAACAACACCCAGCCCAGAGCUACAGAACACCAGCAGCAUAGGGGACAAGGACUUCGGUUUGCCGAACGGUACCCCAGUGGACACAUCCAGCCCUGCGUCCUCCUCUUCCUUGCUCAACAGACUGCAGCUAGAUGAUGACCUGGAUGGAGAGACCAGGGACCUUUUUGUCACAGUUGAUGACCCCAAAAAGCAUGUCUCCACUAUGGAGACUUACAUCACUUAUAGAGUCACCACUAAGACCACCAGGACAGAGUUUGAUUUGCCCGAGUACUCUGUACGUCGCCGGUACCAGGACUUCGAUUGGCUGAGGAAUAAACUGGAGGACACACAGCCAACACAUAUCAUUCCACCACUGCCAGAAAAGUUUGUAGUGAAAGGGGUUGUUGACCGCUUCUCAGAAGAGUUUGUGGAGACUCGGCGGAAGGCCCUUGACAAGUUUUUGAAAAGGAUAGCAGAUCAUCCUGUCCUCUCUUUUAAUGACAAUUUCAAUGUAUUCCUCUCUGCAAAGGAUCUCAAUUCUUAUAAAAAACAAGGCAUGGCUUUGCUGUCGAAAAUGGGAGAAUCCGUGAAGUAUGUCACCGGAGGCUACAAGCUGAGGAGUAGACCCUUAGAGUUUGCAGCUAUGGGGGAUUAUCUGGACAUGUUUACACAGAAGCUGGGAACUAUUGACAGAAUAGCACAGAGGAUCAUUAAGGAGCAAGCAGAGUAUCUAGUGGAGUUACGGGAGUAUGGCCCUGUAUACUCAAGCUGGGCCUCUGGUGAGGGGGAGCUGCGAGAGCCCCUGGAGGGGGUGUCGAGCUGCGUGGCCAACUGCAGCACAGCACUGGAGGAGCUCACAGAGGACAUGAAUGAGGAGUUCCUGCCUGUGUUCCGGGAGUACGUCCUCUACAUUGAGUCCAUGAAGAAUGUUUUGAAGAAAAGGGACCAAGUCCAAGCAGAAUAUGAGGCCAAGUUGGAGGCUGUGGCUUUCAGAAAAGAGGAACGGGCCUGUGUACCUACAGAUGUUGAAAAGUGCCAAGACCGGGUAGAGUGCUUUAACGCAGACCUAAAGGCUGACUGGGAUCGGUGGCAGAACAACAAGAGGCAGGACUUCAGGCUGCUGCUCACAGGAAUGGCUGACAGAAACAUCCAGUAUUAUGAAAAGUGCCUUGCAGCGUGGGAGUCCGUCAUUCCACUCUUACAGGAUAAACCGGAUAGCAAAGGAGAAAUGCCUUCAUAAUUGCCCCCCUGCCCUUCCCACCCACUUCACCUGUUUCCUGGGUACGGCCUGUCUGCGUCCACAAAGUGCACAUGAUCACUACACUUCACUCUCAUAUGCCUCUAUGUGCUUUUCAGGGACAUCGACUUGGAAGGGGGCUCAGUGCGAACUUAUUCAAGGAGUGUGUUUUUUGCUGAAUGUGUUUUUAUAUUUCUAAAAUCCAAGCCAUGUACUACGAACCCACCCUUCAGCUGUGUGAAGUGGACAGUUUUAUUUCAUUUUAUUUAAAACGCUGGGUGAGUAAACAUAUUGGAUUUAACGCUUCAAAGAGUCGGGAUUAAAGUUUUGGAGGUUUGUGAAGUUUUAAAGCAAAUCUCCAGUGUGCAUUAUUUAUUUUUGACCCUUGAAAUGUGCAAAACUGAUGUAUUCAGUUCCAAUGAAAUGAAGUAAAAAUGAGCUGGGGUGUACUUGGUGCAGAGAAUAUGGAAUAGUGCUGUUUUGAAAGGUUUCUGUGUAAUAUCUUUGGGAAAAUUGUGCUCUCGCAGUUUGUGCAAAUAUCUGAAAUGUGCACUAUGAUUAUACUUUUAUGGCCAAAGAUUGCCGAAACAGAGAGAUGGUAUGUUGUAUAUAGUCUAGUGGCCAAAUGGCAGCUCAUCACCAUUUUAUGUAGAGUAUCAGAGGUUCUAGGAUUCCCAGAUUUUCCUGUUUCUUUAAGACACUCAAACAUGAGGCAAGUCUAAUUGCACCAUGAGCUAAGGUUGUGUAAAACUGUCACCAGUAUACAUGGCUAGUACCUGGUUUUGCAUAGCUCUGUAUCAAAUACAAGUGCACUCAAUUUAUACCAACAUGGCAGACUGCAGUGUCCAACUUGACAAUAUAAAAUAGACCAGUGUUGAGUUAAUUGUACUAAACUGCCAGAAAUAUCAAAUUCUGAAAAAUUGGUGCAGUAAGUUAAGAGUUGAUUGAAGUGGAGGGGGGUGGGGCUUCAGAUUUGUAAGCAUACCUCAGAUAGUCAGUAAUGUGACCAGAUUGAACUUGAAGCAAUAUAGUUUAGGAGUACAGGCAAGGGUUAACAUGGAUUUGACAAUUGGAACCAAAUUGUUUUCUCUCUCUUUAAAAAUCUGAUUUGUUCAGGAUGUAAAAUACAGAUUGGUUAUUCCUAUAAUAAUAAUAAUAAUAAUAAUAAUAAUAAUAAUACAAAAAAAUAUUGAAAUAGAACUCUUGAUUUGGAAAUGUCUGACUUUAAAAGAAAAUAACAAGGGGACUGUCUUGCAGCCACAGUAAUAACUGACUACUAACAGACUAAAUAGAUGGUUAUUUUAGGAUGUAAACAUAUCUGAAAGUGAGAAAACACGUCUUCCAAGACAUGACACUGAAGUUUUUGACAGUUUAUCAGCUUAAAAGAAUACUUUCUAAUUUUGUAAAAGCAACAUUUUUGGAUUUUUUUUUUCAUCUUUAUUUGAAAAUGAUGGAUUUUCAUUUUGUUUUAAACGUGUGUCUCUUUAAAGAUUCGUUUUUUUUUUUUUUUUUUGAAAUCUGUUAGGCUGCAAUGAAUAGAGAAAGGCAGUCUUUCCCCACUGCACAAUCUAUUCGUGAGAGAAUUCUUUACACAAACAGCACAAGACUUAUUUGAUUUCUGAACUGAUAAAAUCGAUACCAAUUCAAAACUCAAAUCCGCAAUUAUCAGGGUAGUAGUGAAAAUGAUACAAAACUUUAAAGGCGCACACACCUUUUUUUUUUUUUUUUUUUGGUCUCUUCUCUCUCUGCUGUUUGUGUAGAUUAAAUGUACAAGUAUAACUAACUGACCCUGCAUACAGUAAGGGAACAUCAUUGACAAACAUUAAAAAAAAAAUAAUAAUAAAAAUAAAAUCCCAUACAUGAACCUUUUUUUGUUUAAACCCUGAUGCUGAUUUGAUGUUUUCAAAUCUUAAGAUAUUAAAUUUAAGUUAAGACAUCUAAGUUAAAUAUUGCAAAACUAAAGAGGUUUGAAGGGAAAGCAUUGAUCUUGACAAACAAACUGCAAUUUUUUAAUCAGAAACGGAACAACUGGCUUUUUAUGGAUAAUACAAUUUCAACUUUAUACAGGCUGUUUCCAUCACGUAAUCCCCCAUCGUUAAUGCCAUGCAGAUAACCCUAAAUAAUAACACAGUCUGAUCACAUAGAUACAAUACAAAUGUCUAAGCUAGCAUUUAGGUUUUUUUAUAACAUGCCAUUUUGUAAUAUAUACCUGGAAACAUUUGACUGUUUUACAAAAAAGCAAAACAAAAUUAUUUCAAUACACAUUUAUUUUUUUAAACUUGUAACCUGCACUAGAACAGGAUAUUGUAUAACCAAACCGGAAAAGUGAACUGCAUGUGUCCCUUGUGUGUUUUUUUUAAUCUUGAGAAGGAAGAACUUGUAAUAUGUUUUUAAAGACGUAUUGCUAAACUGAGAUGUUUGUUGCACUACAGAAAUUAAUAAUUACUUUUUUUUUUUUUACCACUCCAAACACUUUGUAACCUGUCUACAUGGAACUGUUUUGUAGCAUAUGUAUUAGUGUGCAAGAGUACAGGUUUUAUAUUUGACUUUUAUAAAUAACUUCUGAGGAAAAACUAAAUGGUUUGUUAUAGUUUAACCUCUGCGUAUAUGAUUAGAGUGGUUGAAGUUUUGGAUGAAGUGUAAAUAAGUAACUAAACAGGAAAGUAUGACAUUUCAAGCUGAAUGCAAACUUUUUUUUUCCAGAUUUUUUUAUUUUAUUUUUACAGGUCAUCUAUUUGAGCUGCGCUCCACUGGAGUUCAUAGAUAAAUACUUAUGCCAGCAUUUGAAUGGUUUCCUUAAGGCCAGGUAGAAACACAUCGUGUUACGUAUACUUUUCUGAGUAUUGAGCUUUUUCUGUCUUUUCAAGUCCAAUUUAUUUUGAAUUAAUAUGUACACUGUUAAAUAAGAUAGGGUUUAUUUAUUAUCACACAAGUAGGAUUCUGUAUUAUAAUGCCGAAUCCCUCAAGUGUUUGAUAUGCAAAUGAAAUCCCUGGCAUGUGUUUAAGUGUUAUUGAUUGACAUGGGUCCAAAACUUUUUUUUUUUUCAUUGUGUAAUCUUCCUCACAUUAAAAUACAAUUUUGUGUACCAGCUGCUUAAGGUUACAUUGGUUAACAUUGAAUGCAAAUGUUUUGACACAGAACAGAUAUUGUUCCACAUGCUUUGGAUUAAGUCUGCCACAAGUUGUGGCAGUGAUGUGUAGAUAUCUGUUAUAUAUUGCAUAAUCUGCCAGAGAUAAUAGGCUACCCCUCUCUUUCAGAAAUCUGAUAAGGCAACAGUCCCAUAACGGUAAAUAGCAAUCAGAUUGUGGCUAUGCUGAUUUGUAUGCAUGUUUGUUAAUCAGUAGGAAGAACUGUUAAAUACUGAAACUUUAAAAGUGAAGAUUUAAUACUGCAAUGCCUACAGUAUUAUUGCAGUGUUGCAGGUGAAGGCGUACACUGAAAUGUAAAGAGAAUGCCCUUAUACUUUUGUCAUUAAAUAAGUGCCUUUUGAGGUAUUAAAUUGCAGGCAUGUCAUAUUACUCUUCAAGUUACACAUUAGGAUGAGCUGUAGUGGACCCUACCAGUUUGCCUAAGUUAUAGUAUCAGAUGCCACAUAUUUAUUUAUUUUUGUUUUUAAGGCUGACUGUGUGGCCUCAUAUUUAUUUGUUGAGGGAUGCAGGAGACAUUAUUCUGUUGCUAAGGUUACUGUCCAAAAUUUGCAGCUAUAAAGCACUUAAUGCUAAAAGUAGAUUUUGUAGAUUGUAUAAUCACUAUUAUCCAAAAAGAAUCCCCCAGCAACUGAAACACACAUCUUCUGAAACAGUGUUCUUGCCAAUCUCAUUUUUUCACACUGUGGAUCCAGAGGACAGCACAGAUCUGAAUGGCUCCACUGCAGACCUGUUGUGAUCCACAGGGGUUGCUGGUGCAUGGUGAACUGUAAAUUGCCCUGCCAAGCUAAUCUCUCCAUACUGGGUGGAACUCUGCCAAUUGUGUGCUGCUUGUAGGAACCCCUGGUCACAGUUAGCACUGACCAGAUUUGAACCUGUGAUCUCUAGGCUAUAGGGCACAAGCUGCACUCCAGGCAGCGCACCUUUACUGGACGCACCACUUGGGAGCUGCCACUCUUGUUCUCUCUUGCAGAAACCCUUACAUGCUAUAAUACUUGGGUGUCCUCAUAGCUGGCUGAAGGUACUGUAUAGUCUAUAAUCCUUAAACUGUUUAUUUUGUAGUGCAGGAACAGGGAGAUUUGUGGUGUCCAGAUAAUAGCUCUUUUGCUUCUGAAUUGUUGACCCCCCCCCCCCCCCCCCCCGCAACUGAAUAUGUAAGUAACACUACACGUUCGGGUUAUGGUGUAAUAACGUUUUAAAAGGCAGCAAACAUUGUCUUACAACUUGUGAGAAUGUUAUGCUAACAAGUUUCAUGGUAGCAGGCAGGGAAUGUGCAUCUUGUAACAGGAAAGAAUGACUUCAACUGCAAUACAACAAGCGAAUUGUGGAAAUGUUGUUCUGUGAAAUUAAUGGUAAGGAAAUGUUUUAAACCCUUGGUUAUUAUAAUUUUAAUCCAGACAGGUGAAGUCUUGUUACCUUGGAUAGAUGCUGGAAGCUGUAAGCGUUGGUGCAUUGCUGUGUGUGUAAUAAAUUUGAGCGCUGUGGCUUUCAUUACUACUUUAUCAGUUGUCUGGACUUGAGCCGUGAUGCUCUCCUGUAUAUAAAACUGUUCACGUCAUGUAAACUCCCAGUUAACUGCAUUCUUUGUUUCGAUGUGUUGUCAAGUUUUGCAAACCAGUUUUCAUUCAUCUAGAGAUACUGCAGUCUUAAAACCAUCAGAUCAUGAGACUAAUACCUGCAACUUACGCAAGGUUGAUUUAAAAUGUGCCUACGUUUUCUGUACCUGUUACUUGUUAAAUAGUUUGUGAAUCAAGGCUUCUUACAUUUUGAUGAUGACUCCUAUAUUUCUAAGCCAGCUACACCUCCAAGACCUAAGUUCACUUUUGUAUAUAUUGUGUUUUAAAUUAAUGUGAUUUUCAUAAGUUACAUUUUGUAGAGCUUUAGAUUAAAUUGGUUCCUCAUUAUUUUGCUGUUCGUCCAUUAGUUAAAAAAAAAAA